AUGAGCUCUCUUGAUGACCUACGAAUGCACUAUCAAGAAUGUCGCUUCGAACUGAUCCGUCAGCUCGCCGCUUGCGAGAUUGCCCGCGAGACCUAUCUCCAAGAUCCGCGAGAGGAACACGCAGUGUCGAUUAGGUUCGAGGCGAUCAUUGCUUCCAACCGCCUUGAGGCUUACCGCGCCGCGUCUCUGGACCUUCGUGCUGCUCUCCUUGCGAUUGGCUACCGUUUGUCUCUGCGCGAGGUACUACAAUAUAAAACUUAGUUGCGCAGAUAGGAAAAGUUUAGACGUAGGAGAUCAUUUUGAGUUGAGUCUCCCGUACUUGUUCACUUAGAAACAGAAUAAAAAAGUGAGCUUUAAGGAAUAGGUACGAUUCUUAGCAUUAAAAUCAAGUUAAAACUCAUUCCUAGUCAAACUUCUUAGUUUUAGUUGAAAAAUAGACAACAUUAAUACUUUGAACAACAAUAACGACGCUUGUUCAGAAUGGCCACGUGGACGACGGCUUCUGAAUCGUCGUUUUCUCUUGGUUCAAUAAAGCCUCUGUUGUUUCCUUUGAACUCACUUCGGCUAAAAACAAAAUAUGUUAUCCGGGGAUGUAGUGGGAAAAAACAUGAGCUCUAAAAAUAGUUCGAACAAUUUUUUUAGUCACUUUGAGUUUAUAGUUUGGGAGUUUGAGAGGUGGUAGUUUUUGCUGCUCUUGAGUCUUGGAAUAGUCGCGCGUCGAGUUUUUCCUUUCGUUGACAAAUUUGAGGGUCCUCAGCAGAAAUUGCUACAAACGACGUCAGAAUGCAUCACGAGGUGAGUCAAAGAUUUCACGGAAAAAUAAAAUACUUUUUGUUUCAGAAUUGGCAUUGCCUUCUCGUGGUCUGACGUGCUGAAUUUUGUCCAAUUAGACAAAUAUUUAGAGCAUCCAGUCAAUCCUAAAUGA